AUGACGGCGAAGCCUUCACACCCAGAGGACCAGGAUGUCCUAAUGACUACAGCGGAAGACGAAGGCGCGGCCGAGUCCAAGGCAGAGUCGAUGGCCUUGAAGUCAAACGAGCAACUCAGAGAUAGCCUAGACUUCAGUGAGGACGCCGUUGUCAUCGCUCUUAUGGGAGGAACCGGAGCUGGGAAGAGCACCUUCAUCUCCUUGCUUACAGAUGAAGAUGUUGGAAUUGGACACAAUCUGCAAUCAUGUACUACUGAAGUUGGCGUUUAUAACUUCAACUACAAGGAUCGGCAUACGGUCUAUCUUCUUGAUACGCCUGGUUUCGACGAUACGAACCGCCCUGAUUCUGAGAUAUUGCAAGAAAUCGCCUUCUAUCUAGCUGCCCUAUACGCGCAGAAAGUAACAUUAGCCGGGAUCAUCUAUCUUCACCGCAUUACGGACACGCGAGUCUCGGGCUCCAGCCUCAGGAAUCUUCGUAUACUCCAGAACCUCUGCGGCGCGGACGCUUUCGACCGUGUUGUACUUGCUACCACUAUGUGGUCUACUCUAGAUUCUGUGGAAGGCGGACAUGAAAUUGGACUUCAACGCUGCGAGGAACUAAGACAUCCCGAAUUUUGGGGUGAAAUGGUUCAGAAGAAGAGUAUCAUGAAGGAGCAUGACGGCUCAUUGGCUUCAGCUUUUUCCAUCAUCUCCGAACUUAUUGACAAGGAAGGUGACGUUGUCUUGAAUAUCCAGAGACAGAUGGUGGACCAAAAUCUUUCUCUGGACGAAACAGACGCGGGUCGUUACCUGCAGAAGGACUUGAUCGAGGCCAGGGAGAAAUACGAACAAGAAAUCGCAGAGCUUAAGAAAAACAUAGAGCAGGCUAUAGCUGAGCAAGAUGCAGAGGCUAUCGAUAUAUUCCAGCAAGAGAAAGAAGCAGCUGAAUCCAAAGUAGAAACCCUCCAGAACAACAACAAUCACCUGAAGGUUUCUCUGAGUCAGAUCGCCACUCGCGAGCAGACAAACUUCCGCUCAAGAGUGUCUGGUCUUGAAGACUCACUGGCAGCCACUUCAGACCCGGCGGCUGAACACCGCCUGAAAGCUUUGGAAGCACAGCUUUUGCAAGUAGAGAGGGAAUUACAGGAGAGCAAAGCAAAGAACGAACAAGAUAUCAGUCUCCAGCGAAUGAUUCACGAGCAACAAGUUAUAGCCAAUACGCAGCAUGUUGCGAACCUGCAAGAGACCAUUGCUUCCCUUGAGAAGAGCCAUAGGGUGAUCAAGGAGCAGUAUGCACAGGAAUCUAGGACGAAGAGACAGCGCAAGAGCCUAACAAACAUGCUGAUAUUUGACAAGCUUUUGUUGUUGUUUAAUGAUGGUCAUCAUAGACGUGGCCGUCAUUUCAGAUAA